AUGGAGCAUCUUAACAUCCCUGAGGAGGCUGUCUGUAUCGUACAAGAAACUCAUCCCAUCGAAGGAGCCAAGAUGGUGGCCAGUUAUAUGUUCAUGUAUACAGGUUCAGAGGCAACAAUAGAGGAGUAUAGCACUGUAUUUUUAGGGAGAAAAGAAUCAUCUUCAGGCUGGAAAGUUCUUUCAGAAGUGUGGCCAGCGCUGAAGCACUUUUUGAAAUGCCCUACCUCGGAUGACAUUUUGGCCAUAGAGAUGGCCAUUGAGAUGGUAGGGGAGGCAAAAGAUGAAGCUCUAACCAAUCAGCUUAUUGAUUACCUGUUGGGGGAAAGUGACGGAAUGCCAAAGGAUGCAAAAUACCUAUUCCGGUUGUACAUGGCUCUCAAACAGUACCGAGAGGCAGGGAGAACUGCUAUUAUAAUCACCAGGGAGGAGUAGACUGCAGGAAACUACAGAAAUGCCCAUGAUGUUUUGUUCAGCAUGUACUCUGAGCUUCAAACACAGCAGAUUAAGAUCCCAGCAGAGAUGGCCACAAACCUGAUGAUCCUGCACAGCUACAUACUGGUGAAUAUCCAUGUUAAAAGAGGAGUUAAUUUAAAGGGGGCACGAAUGCUUAUCCGUGUGUCCAACAACAUCAGCAAAUUCCCGUUCCACAUUGUUCCCAUCCUCACUUCAGCAGUUAUUGAAUGCCAUCAUGCUGGACUGAGGUACUCUGCCUUCAGUUUUGCCUCUAUGCUGAUGAGACCAGAAUAUCAUAACAAGAUUGAUGUCAAAUACAAGAGAAAGAUUGAGGCCAUGGUUCAUCGUCCAGAUACCCCUGAGGUCAAAGAGGAAAGUUCGACCUGUCCCUACUGUGGCUUCAGCCUGCCUGUCUGUGAGCUGUUCUGUCCCAGCUGCAAAAACAAUCUUCCCUACUGUAUUGCAAGAGGUUGUCACUUGGUCAAGGAUGACUGGUGUGUCUGCCCACAUGAUUUCCUGGCUCUCUACUUGGAGUUCACACAGCUUUUAGAAACUGAAUCAGUAUGCCCCAUGUGCUCUGAGAGUUUAAAUGUCAGUGAGGUAAAGAAGGUGUCAGACUGCUCCAUAUAUCUGCAACAGGACCAUUCUUGCUGAGACAGAGAGAGCAAGAAUGGACAAAUGAAAGGAUGCACAGAGAUUUGAUGCUCUCAAAUUUUAUGAAAUCUGAUGAUUAGUGAUGGCGAUUCAUUGCAGAAGUUUGAGUGGGAUCAGUAUUGUAUCAUUUCAAGUUAUGUCUGAUAUUCUUUUAAUAAAAAUAUAAAUCUGUUUUUAUAUGCAUCAAUCUUGCAGCAAUUUACCAUUCACUUGAAUGAAUUGUUUGAUCUUAAAAUGUAUUAUUUUACAUAGUAAAUAUGUCCUUCAUGUACAGUAUACCCGUAGAGUUGCUCUAAAUUAUAAGUGUAAAGAGCUGUCUUGAAGGUGAAGUGUGGAAUCAAGUACUUUUUGUGUGUGUGUGACAAAACAACAUUGUCUCAACCAAUGGCGUGAGUUUGGGGUGGGACUACCUGUUUGUCUGAACAGUGGAAAGUGUUUAAAAACAUUAUUUUUAUAUAUCAUUAUUUUUGCAAUUAUGUUUUAAGAAAUGACACACUGCACCAUUAAUGUAAUUAUUUGAAUGGUUUGUUCUGCUGUUUUGUAGCCUGGUCACAAGAGUUCAGCACUGCAGUGUAAGCUAAUGAAAAGAAGAAGACAGUUACUGUAAUCUAACCACCCAAGUGCUGACAUUAAUUUUGAGCUGGGCUCUCUGUUCCAGUUGCAUGUUGGCCUUAAAUUUUAUUACGAGCAGAACUAAAAUUAAAAGUCGGGGGCUCUAUCUUUUAAAGUGUAACUUCACUGCUUUUGACAUUUAGAGCAAACAGUCUGCAUUUGUUUAACAAGUUUUAGUGUAUUAAAAUAAUUUGGAAUUGUUAUUAUUGAGUCAUAUGUGGCCUGAUUUAUUUGCAUUUUUGUAAUGUGUGCCCAAACCAAGGAACACAUCUGAAACUGUUUGGUAUAUCUAUACUUUUUGUUCAGAGUGAAAUACAUGAAUUAACAUGCGUUAUGAAUUCAUUGGUCCAUACUUGUGUAGCUGAGGUGUCCUUAUGUCCUUGGUCUGGCAGCCGUAUCUAUGUUGUUGUUUUUUUUGUUUUUUUGUUUUUUUUUUAGAAAUGGUAGACAUUCCAAAUCAGGUCAAGCCUCUCAGGAUACAAUUUUAUAAUAUUAAAUAUUACAGU